CACCACGCGCCUCGACCUUCAUCUCGCGCAUUUCCGGAUCGUCUUGUCGUACCAUGUCUGGCGUCUAAUAGCACCACAAGGCCUCUCCAUGUGGGUUCUUGGGGCUUUUCCUGCCCUGGUAUGAUUGCUGGGUGAUCCCGGUCAGCACGCCAUUUCCACAGUCAUUGGAGUUCAAGGGGUUUAGAUGCUCCGUACAAUAUAGAUCUCAGCCCUGCCCCUCGCGCACUUCACCUAUUUCGGUGGAAGGCCUGAUCAACAUCGUCUCCAAACCCGAAAAUGCUUGAAGCAUGGAAUGACGAGUAGGUGGAUGUCUAGGUAGGUCAAGUGUUGAUAUAUAGCUCCUUGUCUUCUCCCUUGAGCCCCUCACAAUAUCUUUGGCAUUUUUCAAACCAACUUUCCUUUGCACUUCAACAAUAUUGCUAAACACCAACUAAACACUCAUCCUUUUUCAAAAUGGGUCUCUUCGGCGACGACAACAAGAACCAUACAUGUAGUACGCCAAAGUCAUUCGUUGCAGAUGCACCCGAACCGAUAGUAGGGAGCCUGUCGUUCCAUCAGCUCAACAUGGCUAUUUCCGGCGGAUGCGCAGCCUUCUCAACCCUCACCAUCUUGAUCCUCAUGAUCAGACAUGCCACGCACUUUAGCAGACCGAACGAACAGACCAAAAUUCUCAAGAUCUGCACCCUCAUCCCAGUAUACUCCCUCGGCUCGUGGAUAUCGAUCGCCGCACCGAGUAGCUACAUAUACCUCGACCCCUGGCUCGAAUUCUACCAGGGUAUCGCGCUGGGCAGUUUCUUUUUGUUGCUUUGCGAGUACGUGUCGCCCAGUGCGGCAUCUCGAGACGUGUUCUUUGCCGCGCUUAAGGUGCCUGAGAAGCGCCUUGGACGCGGCAGCGGCAAAGAAAUCGACGGUCUAGAGUGGUAUAGGAAGAAGUGGUUCGCGGUCUUCCAGUACCCGAUCAUCGCCUUGCUCGUCUCCAUCGUCACGGACAUCACACAGGGUGCAAACGUCUACUGUCUCACCAGCAGCAGUAUACACUUUGCUCAUCUUUGGCUGGAAAUUGUUGGCAACAUCUCAAUCGCAAUGGCCGUCACCGCCGUCGUGACCUUUUAUGUCCCCCUGAAAAAAGACCUGAAACACCACAAGCCACUUGCUAAAUUUCUCGCGUUCAAACUCAUCAUCGGUCUCACUUUUCUUCAGAGCAUUCUUUUCUCAAUUCUCCGCUCCACGAACGCCCUCAAAGAAACCUCCAAGCUCACGUGGGCCGACGUCAACUUUGGCAUCCAGACGAUGAUCAUUUGCAUCGAGAUGGUCCCCUUUAGCAUCUUCUUCCACUGGGCCUACGAUGUUGGAGCUUACGACCUGUCGAAACCCAGACCGCUUCCCCUGGCAUACAUGGGUGCUCGGGACGCGUCUCCUCCUGACUCGGACAACGAGACGGGCUACAGACCACAUCAACAAACCCAACCCCAAACGACAAACCAACACGAUGAAGGGUACUACGGCGGUCCCUUGGGUGUGGUUGCGUUGAUCACCGUCUUGAACCCCAUGGAGAUUGUGAGGGCCAUCGUCUUUGGCUUCUCCAUGAGGAGCGAGUCGAGAAGGAUGAAUAAUGUGAGCAAGACCGGUGGGGGAGAUGCCGGCUGGCCUGCCUACGAUAAUUAUUCUUGAACAAGCCCCCAAGAGAGUGGAAAUGUGUGAGAAUCUGAAGGGAUGUCGAGGCACGUGGUAUGUAUGUCAUAUCACGUACUACCUCCCAACUCAGGUACCUUGGUAUUUGAUCAUCAUCGGGUACCACUGAUACUACUUGAUACUCGUCACAGUAUGAAGGGAUAUUGAUUGUCCAGCGGUCUCGAGAUGAAAAUCUAGCACGGAGUUUUAUGGCGUGUUUCGUUGUAUGAGCACGAUUGUUUGCAACUAGAAAACUAAUGUGGCCAGCGGUCCGGACACGUCACCAUCGAGAUUAGAAUGUAAUUGAAAUGAUCAGAAUUACGAUAACCGA